AUGAGGAAUUUGAUGGAAUACGCGAACCAGAACACCGGUGUUCAACCGCUGCAUCCAAUCUCGUCGGAACUGACCCGUUGGCUGACCGAAAAGGCGCUUCCGGUGUGGUUCACCUGCGGGGUCGACCUUGCCAAAGGAGAGUGUUUCGAAGCCAUCGACCUGAUCGAUCAAAAACCCACGAAGGAUCCGCGGCGUGCGCGUGUUGUUCCGCGUCAGAUAUAUUCAUUUCUUGAAGGGGCUAAACUUGGCUGGGAAGGUCCGGCCGACGAGGUGGCCACGUCCCUCUUCGACUGGUAUUUGCAGAACUACCUGACCAAAAGCGGUUAUUUCGCUUCGGCGGUCGACAUCGAAAACAAGAUCGUUGACGACACAUUCGAUCUCUACAAUCAGGCUUUUGCGCUGUUCUGUUUUGCAAAUGUUGCUUCUCAUCUUCCGGCCAGGAAGGCGGAAGCCACCGAACAGGCCGCCAACCUGGUGAAUUUCCUUGUAGAACACUACAAGCAUCGGGAAGGUGGUUUCCGCGAGGCAAAUCCUGACCGCCGCCCGCUUUGCUCCAAUCCCCACAUGCAUCUGUUUGAAGCCUGCCUUGCCUGGGAGGACACCUCGGAUGAUCCCAUCUGGGCGGAACUUGCCGAUGAAAUUGCAGAACUUGCGCUGAACAGCUUUAUCGAUCCGGUCAGCGGUGGUCUUCGCGAAUUUUUUGACCUGGACUGGACCCCCUUGCCCGGAGACAGGGGGCGCAUCAUGGAACCGGGACAUCAGUUCGAAUGGGCAUGGUUGUUGUGCCGUUGGGGACGAUCGCGCCAGGAUGCCGCAGCGAUCAUAGCGUCCCGGAGGCUAUACGACAUUGGCUGGACCUACGGUAUCGACGAGAACCGGGGCGUCACUUUCAUGGCGCUGAACGACGAUUUCACCGUUCAAAAUUCGCUCGCUCGCCUUUGGGGACAAACAGAGUGGAUAAAAGCCGCGAUUGCGCUGACCGAAGUCUCUGGCGGAGCGGAAAGAGCAGCCUAUUUCACGGACAUCCCGGCGGCGGUCAGUGCAUUGCGCAUCUAUCUGGACAAAGCUCCAGACGGGCUAUAUCUCGACAAGAUGGACCCGGCCGGCUCGUUCGCCGACGAACCGGCACCUGCCAGUUCUCUCUACCACAUCGUUUGUGCUGUAUCCGAACUGGACCGAUUUACCGGCGGGUCCUGA